UCCCCCUUUUUCAACCAAAGUUGGUUCUUCAAACUCAGUACUGUACAACUCGUAACCUCUCUCUCUCUCUCUUUUGUUUCAAAGCUUAGCUCGAGCUCUAAAGAUACAGUCUACAGACAUCAAAUAUGGAAGUAACAGUGGCUACUAGAGUAGCCCUGAGCCUUGUCUUUGUUAGCAUAAUAGUAAGAUGGGUAUGGAGUCUUCUGGAUUGGGUGUGGCUUAAGCCGAAGAAGCUCGAAAGAUGUUUGAGGCAGCAAGGCUUUAAAGGCAAUUCUUACAGGCUUUUGUAUGGGGACAUGAAGGAGAACGCUAUCAUGCUCAAACAAGCAAAAUCCAAACCCAUGAACCUCUCAACCUCCCAUGACAUAGCACCCCGAGUCACUCCUCUUCUGGAUAAAACUGUGAAAACUUACGGUAAGAACUCUUUUGUGUGGAUUGGGCCCGUGCCAAGGGUGAACAUUAUGAAUCCAGAAGAUUUGAAAGAUAUCUUCGCAAAACAUACUGAUUUUCAAAAGCCAGCAUUAAACCCACUUACGAAGUUGCUAGCAACAGGCCUUGCAAACUAUGAAGGGGAGAAGUGGGCUAAACACAGACGGAUUAUCAAUCCAACGUUCCAUUCUGAGAAGCUAAAGCGUAUGUUGCCAGCAUUUUACCAAAGUUGUAAUGACAUGAUUAAGGAAUGGGAGACAGCGGUGUCCAACCAGAGUUCAUCAUCUGCAUUUGAUGUUUGGCCUUCUCUCCAAAAUUUAACAGCUGAUGUGAUUUCUAGGACGGCAUUUGGAAGUAGUUAUCAUGAAGGAAGAAAAAUAUUUGAACUCCUAAAAGAGCAAGCAAUAUAUGCAAUAAAAACCUUACAAAGUGUUUACAUUCCAGGAUGGAGGUUUGUACCAACUAAGAUGAACAAGAGGAUGAAACAAAUUGACGAAGAAAUAAGAGGUUUACUCAAGGGUAUUAUAAAUAAAAGAGAGCAAGCCAUUAUGGCAGGUGAAGCAACCAAAGAUGACUUAUUAGGUGCACUUAUGGAAUCGAACCUGAAGGACAUUCAGGAUCAUGGGAAGAACAACAAAAAUGUUGGGAUGAGUAUCGAAGAUGUAAUUGAAGAAUGUAAGCUUUUUUACUUUGCUGGGCAAGAGACCACUUCAGUGUUAUUGGUUUGGACAAUGGUACUACUUUGUCAAAAUCAAAAUUGGCAAGAUCAAGCAAGAGAAGAGGUUUUGCAAGUCUUUGGAAUGAACAAGCCAGACUUCGAUGGUCUAACUCACCUAAAAGUUGUAACCAUGAUUUUACUUGAAGUUUUACGAUUAUACCCAGCAGUAGUUGUGCUAUCUCGAACCACUCAUAAGAAAAUACAACUUGGAAAAUUCACACUACCAGCUGGAGUCGAAAUCGGGUUACCAACAUUGCUAAUUCAUCAUGACAAGGAAAUGUGGGGUGAUGAUGCAAAAGAGUUCAAGCCCGAGAGGUUUUCAGAAGGAGUUUCCAAGGCAACAAAGAGCCAGCUCUCAUUCUUCCCUUUCGGAGGAGGUCCUCGGAUUUGCAUUGGACAAAAUUUUGCUAUGACGGAAGCAAAACUGGCCUUGGCAUUGAUCUUGCAACACUUCACAUUUGAGCUUUCUCCAUCUUAUGUUCAUGCUCCUUCUAACAUCAUAACCCUUCAACCACAGUAUGGUGCUUCUAUCAUGUUACAUAAACGUUGAGGAAAGUACUGUAAUCAAAAUGGUAUCAAACAACGCAUCUUACUUUCAAAGUAUGUACUUAACGUUUGUAGUACGAUAUUUCUCAAAAAGUUUGUUACUUUGCUCAAUUUUAUUAAA